AUGACAGCUGUCCCAAAUAUGAAUCUCGAAUGUUUCAAAUACCCGCUUGCACAUUAUGUGGCUAUUAAUUUUAAAGCAAUAAUAGAAUCGUUCUCUUGCAUAGUUAUACUUAAAAAAACGGAUUGCACAAAUCAACUUCUUGGGCCGCUAUCAUCUACAGCUUUACUUGCAUUGUGCCCCCCCCAUCGUCACAGUGGCGUGUAA